AUGAGAGACUGUAUGGCCAACUGUGAUAUUCAUGAUCUGCAUUAUAAUGGACGAUUCUAUACUUGGAGUAAUAAGCAAGUUAGUGAAAGGAGGGUCAUGAGCAAGAUCGAUAGAUUCCUUGGUAAUGAUCAUUGGGAGGAGAUCUUUCCUAAUGUUGUGGUUACCUUUCUCCUAGAGGGCAUCUAUGACCAUUCUCCUAUGUUGGUGCAAUUCUCUCUUCCUUGUAGGGGGAAGAAACCUUUUCGAUUCUUUAGUGUUUGGUCUAACAUGGAUGAUUUCUUAGACGUCAUAAAGGGUGUUUGGGAAACUAAUAUUCAGGGAGAGGACUUGCUUGACAUCCAAAACCAGAUGCAUACUCACUCGGAGAACUCUGAGCUAGCAUCUAAAGAAUCUGUUCUUGCUUCUCAUCUACGGUUCUUACAAGCUGAUCUCAAAGCCUCUUUGAGGAAAAAGGUUAAGCUUCAAUGGAUUAAGCUGGGGGAUGAUAAUAUUGCUUUUUUCCAUAAAAGUAUUAAUCACCGUAUUAGAUGUAACAAAGUUAACUUCUUACACGUGAAUGUAAACAUUCACAUUGCUCAGAAUGGCCCAAUUUUGUCAUCCCAAAAGGGUAAACUUCUGGAUCUCAAAUUUCCUAAUGAGGAGAUUAAGAAUGCAUUGGAUGGUUUAAAUAGUAAGUUUUAUAAGGCUUCCUGGACUGUUGUUGGGGCUGGUGUUAUUAAGUGCCCUUCGCACCCUAGGGAUUAUCGACCUACUUCUUGUUGCCAUAUUCUGUAUAAGUGUAUUUCGAAACUUAUUUGUUCUAGGCUUAAGUUGGUGCUUGGUGACCUUAUUGAUCAAGCUCAAGGUGCGUUGGCUGGUCGGAACAUUAUGCACAAUAUUCUUUUAUGCCAGGAUCUUGUUAAGCAUUAUUCUAGGAAAAAUUGUGCUCCCAGUUGCCUCUUGAAGAUUGAUUGA